AUGGACAUCUCCAACCCGCGGAGGAUUCUGGCUGUUAGCCUGGAAGGCUCAGAAUCGCAUCUGAGCCGUGUUCUCAAAGAUCUCACGGGCUCAUCCCCAGAAUCCUCAUCAGCCUCACUAGCAGGUAUCACCCACGACCUUGAGCUCAAAACACCCUACUACACAGCCUCCAUCCCAAUCUGGUUAGAUGUCAUCGCAUCGCCUUCAGAAUGGGCCUCAUCGUUUCUAUCCGAAGAGGCCCACGAGGUCCUUGCCGUUUUGGGCGGCCUUAUCCUCGUCUUUGUGAUACCGAAUGAGAAGCCUGCUGCUUUGACUCGGGAUGACCAACCUCCUAGUCUGAUUCGACAUGUGAGCAGUGUCGUUCAGGAUGGCCUGGGUGGGUGGAAUUGGGAUGGGGUGAGGCUGGCUAUUGGGAUUGGCGAGGGCGACGCCGAUGAGUGGGAUGAGCUGUGUGCGGAAGCUGGAAUGGAGUUUGUUCAGCUUAAAAGUGGGCAAAUGGAAAAGAAUGAAUUUGGAGAAAAGACGGGUAUCCCCCGCGUCCGGGAAGCACUGGAAUCAAACGACUGGGAGCAUAUAUUUGUUGGAGAUCCAUUAUCUGACUCUGACGAGGCGCAUUCUGAAAAGUCCGACGGCGCCGACGAUUUCAACCCAGAGAGCUUAGAAUUUGGCGUCGACCGUUCUGAUUUCGAAGGCCUGCGCAUGGCGAUAUGGGAGACGAGUCAUCGCGAAACAGGCGAUUCCGAAGAUGCCGACACGGCCAAUGCACCGAAGACUUCAGAUGUAGCGGGUGGCUCUGCCGCCGACGCAAAGGACGAAGACGGUGAGCUUGGCGAUGAGGACAUUGCAAAGGUGGAAAAGAUGAUGAGAAAGCUUCAAGCGGCGAAAGAGAUGGGCGAGGGCAUGAGUGAGGCGCAAAGAAAGCGAUUGGCAGCUAGGGCAGUGGAGGAGGUGAUGCGAGAGCUGUGA